AUGGGGUCAUUAUUGACGAAGCUUGCUGAUGUAAUGCACAGUUUCUCUAGUGGAUCUACAACUCGGAUUCUAAUGCUGGGAUUAGAUGCGGCAGGUAAGACGACGGUCCUGUACAAGAUCAAACUAAACGAGAACGUGUGUACCAUCCCGACGAUCGGGUUUAACGUGGAGGAGGUAUCCCCGUGUAAGGGUGUGUCCUUUACCGUAUGGGAUGUCGGCGGUCAGGACAAGAUCCGACCGUUGUGGAGACAUUACUAUCAAGACACCGAAGGUCUGGUUUACGUCGUAGACAGCAAUGACAGGGAAAGGAUAAAUGAGGCCCGGGAGGAACUCUUCGGUAUACUAAAUAAUGAUGAGAUGAGAGGUGUUCCGGUGGUUGUGCUUGCGAACAAACAGGAUCUGCCACACGCCAUGAACACAGCCGAGGUAGCCGACAGGAUGUGUCUAAUGAAACUGACUGGGCGGAAGUGGUUUGUACAAGGAACAUGCGCAAUGACAGGGGACGGUAUAUAUGAAGGCAUGAGAGAGAUGGCGAGACUUACCAAAGAAAACAAAAAGAACCAUAGAUGA